AUGGACAAAGGCCUGGACGAGAUCAUUUCUGAAAAGCGCAGCAAUGGUCCUCGCAACAACAACCGCCGCCGUGGCGUCGGAGACAGGCGUCCUGAUCGCCGUGACAGUCCUCGCGAUGGCGUCAGAAAGACCGCCGCCGCGCACCCGCCCCCAGACGCCGUCGCGAUGAGCCUCAGGCGUAUUGAGGCCAAGGGAACCAGGAUCAAGGUCCAUAAUGUACAUUACGACCUCACCGAGGAGGACCUCGGCGAACUCUUCCGCCGCAUUGGACGCGUCCUCCGGCUGCAGCUGAAGUUUGACCGCGCUGGUCGCUCUGAGGGUAUCGCCUUUGUCACUUACGAGCACCGGGAUGACGCCGACGAGGCCGUUAAACAGUUUGAUGGUGCUAAUGCCAACGGUCAACCUAUCCGCUUAACCCUCCUCCCGAGCCGUAACCCUUUUGACACGGCUGUCAUGCCCAGCCGUCCCCUCGCCGAACGCAUUUCCGCUCCCGGCGGCCGCUACGCCGACGACGAGGCAUCCCGCAGAGGCAUUGACAGAUAUGUUCCCAAUGGUCGCGAGGAUGGCCGUGAGGGUGGCCGCGAUCGCUCCCGAAGCCCCCGCGGCCCUCGCCGUCGCGGCGGUCGCCGUCCUGGCGCACGCCGUGAAGGCGUAGAUAAUGGCGGAGAUGGCCAGGAGGGUGGCCGUGGUGGCCGUGGAAACGCGCGAAUCAAGAAGACCCAGGAUGAGCUCGACGCUGAGAUGGACGAUUAUUUCACCAAAACCGAGGGCGAGGCGACCAACGGUGCCGGUCCUGCCGCGACGGCCGAAGGCACGGCUCCUGCUCCCGGUCCCGGCGACAUUGACAUGAUUGAGUAA